UCUCCACCUCCGCGCCCGAACGGAACCGGUUCCCGGGCGAGUCACACCGGAGACCUUCCAUGGCAUGGCGGACCUGGAAGCCUCGGUGCUGAACUCCUUGUGCCGAUGCAAGCAAGGUGAUUUGAAGAAAGGCGAUGGCUUUCGCCCCAUCCCUGAAGCUGAGGAGGCGGAGUUCUUUCUUUGUGGAGAGCCGCCGGAGGAGCCCUUGCCACCCGAAGAGGUCCCGCAGCUCCCGAGCCGGCCACGAGAAGGACUCAUCACCUACUCGGCUGAGAUGGAUUUGCCUUUGAAUCAACCGCCCAUGCGAUCUGGAGAGGUGUGGCACUUGUGCCAAGAAGAUGGGAAAACCUUUGAGAAGGUGAUCCUCUCGAUCCACUCCAACGGAUUUGCCAUUAGAUAUCCUGAUGACGACUAUUCUUUGAUGAGUAUUGCAUGGUCACCUUUUUCACUGGUUCAAGCCUGUCGACUUCAUACCAUUCAGGCGGACCAGUCCCAACCUUGGCUACGGCUUUUUAAAGUGUCGGUCUUCCACCAUGGGCUGACGCAUUUCUUCGCCACCCAUGGCUUGGGUGCAGACACCGAGCGGGCACGCUGGGUGGCUGACGUGUCGCGCGCCUUGCGGAUCCUCACGCAGUCACUCUUCCCGAGCUUUCAGUUGGCGGUGUUCCCCCUUCCGGGAGCCAGUUGGACCUCCACACGUCUACUGGCAGGCUACAUGCUGCUCUAUGAUGACCAGGGUGUUUCCUUGGUGUAUGGAGAGCUGCAUGCACAUUGCGAUAAUACAGCGGGUUUUGCGGCCUAUGAGGAUGAUGCGUGUAAGGUUCAGGUGGUGCACCUCGCGAUUGACACCAACACUUGUGUGAGCGAGCGCGUGGGCAUCGACUGCAGCUGCUUCAGCCUGGGGGACCACCACUUUUCCACGCGGACCUGUGCGGAGAAGAUGCUGUGGCUCCGGGCUAUCAGCAACGUCAAGGUCAAGCUCCGCCACUUGGCUGCCACGCCGACGCCCACAGAGCUGCGCUUCUACCGCGCCGCAGUGCGCGAGCAGAUCAACAGCCUCCCCCCGGCCUCGGACUCCGAUCCCCAGCCCGCGCUGCUGCCUCGGCGGCGGAGCAACUUAUCGCAGUUGCCCCGUGCUGGCCCAGUGCAGGCUUUGCCGAUGAUGUCAAUGUCGAGUCCAAAGCCAGACUCAGGCAUGUUGAACGGCCACGGAGGGGGCGUGGGGCCCAACUGCCAAUCUUCAGAGCCUGUGGCAUUGCUCAAGGACAAUUUGGGCGAUGGCAACGACGUGCCUCCUCCCAUGGAAUUCCCCAAAUCCACUCGGGUGGCUCUCGGGGAAGUGGGCGGUCGGCAGCUGGCUCCAGAGCGGGACCGAUCGCAUAUUUGAGGUCCAAUGUGCAAGUGACUCGUGGCUCGCAGCUAAAUAGCUUGAUCUAGAAAGAAGAGAAGGCUAAAUAGCUGAUGAUGCUGAUGACGUUACGUUCUCAGACUGUGCUCACCAGAAGUUUGUUGGAUGGCAAGAUGCCACUCCACGAGAAUAGGACAAGGCCAAUGGCUCCGUGCAAAAGAUGCUGCGCAACACGGAUGCAUGAGAAACCCACCACCCCUGACGAUUCCUCAGGUUUAGUUUGGACAUAGUAUCGUUACAAUACUUAGUAGUGUAAUUACACUUUCUUUCAACAACAUGUAAAGUCCGGCUAGAGCAGAGGGAGUGUGUCGCGUUUGCAGACAGCGACAUUCGCAGAAAUCUA